AUGGAUGAUCUGCUAUAUACUGGCUGGUCACCAGAUACGAUGUUGGAGCGUCGAAGUACCGGUCGUAAGGUUUUGGCAGAGAAGUAUAGUAUGGAGUGUCAACCGAGUAAAUCAAUACUUGGAUAUGAUCCAGAGUAUCAUUUAACUCAGUCUCAGACAGCACCCUCAAUAAGUUCUACUAAACCGGUGAAGGUUUUGGGCUAUCAAUGGAACCUUGCUGAUGACACUCUUUCGGUGGUACUUCCUGAUGUUAGGGAACGCCCUCUUAGGACUAGACGUGACUGUUUUCAGACCUUGGGUCGAUAUUUUGAUCCACUUGGUAUCCACAUCGAGGCAGCGGCGAGGGAAAGAUGGCUCCUUCGACAAGUAGCUCAGCUGACCUCUACGAGAAUUGUUGCACGUCAACGUACUCUGAACUCCUCAUGGACUAUUGCUCGUUUAGAACUCUGCGGGUUGCUCCUUGCUGCGGAACUUCUAGCCGUUCUUCUCGAAGAGUUUGAUCUUAAUGCGUGGAGGCUCCGUCGAUCACCUAAGCUUGAUGAGAAGUAUCUGCCGAAGUUUGAGCUCCGGCGUAUGAUGAGGCUGCGCAAGCUACUCUCUGAUCUAUCUCAUAAAUGCCAUCAUGAUAUUCAUAUUGGUAGCAUUUCGGGGGCGGAGAAUCCUGCGGAUAAUGGAACGCGUCCGGGUAUGAUAGAUGACCCAGCUAGGAUGAUGCCUUUAUCUGGAAUGAAUAUUGAGCUCAUUCUGGGUAAGGUCAAGGUGGUCUCUACUUUCUCUCCCACCCCCACCUUAGGCUAUGAUGAGGUUGAGGAUGAGUUGGAUGUCGUCUUGUCCUCGACUGAUGUAUCAGCUAAUGCUGUGUUGGAUCUGCAGAAAGAUACUCCUUCCCUGGAGCCUAGUGAAGGUCUUCGCCAGCUGUUACUGGAUGCUCAGACCGCCGACCCUCAGUUACGGGAUAUUCUCAAGAAGCUCAAAGCUGCUGAUGGUGUUAUUGACGGUUAUGAGCUGAAUAAUGGCCUCAUCUAUCGCACGUGUAGUGUUGCUCUAGAUGAUUCGAAUAGAGGUUCAGGUAUUUGUCGUCAAAUUGUGGUUCCUGAGGUUCGUCGAGAUCUUCAGCUUCUUGUGGUUAAAUGGGUACAUGAUAAACAUCGAGGUCAUCCAGAUCGUACUACUCUCACCAGAUGGGUCUCGCGCAGUUACUACUGGAAAAGACUCGAUCGGACAGUGAGGGUGUUGAAUAGAGAAUGUGAAGGUUGCCAGGCGAGGAGGAUUGCUGAGAACAGACGUCGAGCACAGUCUUCGCGACCCCCUGGUUGCUCUGUGAAAUAUGAGCCGCUUGCGAUAGCUUAUUUCGAUGUGAUGGGCCCCUACCAGCUCUCUAACGAGGAAGAUGGUGACCCUAAGAGGGUGUAUGUAUUUACCCUCUCUUGUCAUUCAUCCAAGUUUGUGAAGUGUGAGCCUGCUUACAGUAAGUCGGGAGUGAAUGCAGCCAGAGCCUUACUUCGACUAUUAGCAGAUGAGGGUCCGUCAAGAGUAUUAAUGGUAGACCAAGGCUUGAAUAUACCGGAGGUUCUGGCAGCUGCUGACGAAUGGGAUGUGACCGUAAUAGCUGCCCCACCUCGUGGAGAAGAGUUGAGAGGAUGGGGUGAACGGGCUCAUAGAGAUGUGCAUGCUAUUAUUCGUGGAUGUUUAUGGGAUCUGGCUGCUGACCAUAAACUUCCUUCAGAAGAUGAGUUCUUACGUAUACUCAAUAGAGCGGUCACUAUUGUUAAUAUGACUCCUUAUGUUGAUGGCUCACCACUUUGCCCUUUCCUUGUCUGUCGAGGACAUAGUAGGAUGAUUGGUGAUAUUGAUGCCAAGAAGGAGGCUGAAGAUAUUCGAAAGGCUAUAUUUGAUGGUCUGGAACCUCCCAGUUGGUGGACUGAAGAGCUUGCACAGCUAUAUCGAGAACGACAAGGAGAAGGCCGUACAGUUUUGUUGAAAGAGCUUGCUGAUGUAUGGUGGUUACGUAGGCGUAAUGUUCGAGAGAGGUUGAUGAGUCGUGUUAAGAGACAUGCUGGCCGGGACCUCACUGAGGGUGAAAAGGUCUAUCGUUGGCGUCCCAUGUUAGGCAGAUUUGGAAAGCUCAACACUGGUUGGUCUCCAGCGGUGUUGGUUAAGAAGAUGAGUAAUAGUGUUUGUAAAGUGCGUUUGCCUGAUGGCAAGGAAGUCAACGAGAGCGUGCUUAACCUUCGUCCGGCGGGAGUGUGCCGGUAA